AUGGCACGAGGUCCAACAGUAGCAGCGGGUGUCUGGAAGAAAGACAGUGUCAAGGUACGCUGGGUAUCCGUCGUCACAACGUGUAGCUGGCCACGCCCGUCGGGUUCACGCGCUGACUGGCUGACUGAGGUGACGACCCAUCGACCCCUACUCGCUUACUACUACCCAGGAUGUCGCAGAGUCGAUAGGAAUUGCAAAUUUGCCGGACGAGGUAGCUUCGGCACUAGCAGGAGACGUCGAGUACCGGCUCUGGGAGAUGAUCGAGGUCAGCGUCGAUCGCUCGCGCACUUCAGCACUCGGCGCGAGUCCACAUCAGCUCACCGACCUCACCCACACACCAUGCCGUACAGGAAUCCAUCAAGUUUAUGCGCCAUUCGCGUCGCACACGGCUCAAGGUCGAGGACGUCGAUAACGCGCUGCGCGUUCGCAACAUCGAGCCGUUGUGGGGUUUCGCCUCGUCGUCGAACCUGCCCUUCAAAAAGACCGUCACCUCCACCGGCGUCGUCUACCACGUCGAGGACGAGGAAAUUGACCUCAGCAAAGCCGUCAAGGUCGACCUGCCUGCCGUGCCCCGGGAGGUCAGCUUCACGGGUGAGUUUAGGCUCGGGUGUCUCCAGGGUCGGUGACGUAGGCAAUGGGAUUCUAAAUCAAGUCUCUCCACAUAGCACAUUGGCUGGCGAUCGAAGGUGUCCAGCCCUUGAUCAAAGAGAAUCCAACACCAGCAGGUGCGCUCGUCCUUGGCUCUUCGGACCUCUCCGACUCUCGGACUUCACACUGAUCCUUGACUCUGACCUGCAGAACUGGCGAAAUAUGCCCCCAAGACCUCGCUCGGUACGAAUGCGCUGGGUUCUGGAUCGACCUCGACCGACUCGGCCGCGCAGGGUGGAGCGAUCGUCACGCCUUUGGUCAAGCACGUGCUGUCCCGCGAGCUGCAGCUAUACUUUACCCGUCUCACGGAUGCACUCGCGACGACCGGUUCGGGAGCGGGCUCAGAGAUGCGUGAAGCCGCUUUGGGCAGUGUACGCAGUGACCCGGGUCUGCAUCAAUUGGUGCCGUACCUCAUUCAAUGGGGUGGAGAGAGGGUAAGUAGCAACCCGCAGGCCGUCGGCUGACGCAACGUAUCGUCCGGAAUGCUGACGGGUGAGAUGCCCUCUAUCUCGAUGGCACAGAUUGCUACGCACCUCAACGACCUUACGGCACUCGAACGAGCAUUGGAUCUGUUCCAUGCGAUGCUCGAGAACCCUACUCUUUUCAUCGAGCCUUACGUACGUUUCGCGCGCUCGAUUCUACCUCGAUCGAGACGCCAUUCCACUGACUCGAAUCCGCUUGCUCCGACAUUAGCUUCAUCAAUUGACGCCUCCCGUGCUCACUUGUCUGCUCACUUCAUCCUUGCCUCAAGCCGGUCCCAACUCUUACCCCAUCCCGCUGACAAUCCGGACGUCGGCGGCUUCGUUGCUUCACCUCAUUCUCUCUCGCCAUUCGGAUUCGUACCCGUCCUUGCGGCCCCGCAUUACGCGCACGCUGCUGCGCGGUCUCGCCGGUCAAGGUCGAGGCUUGGGGGCUCGAUGGGGUGCCGCUCGAGGCUUGGCGGCGAUCGGUUCGAACGGGGCCACGGGUGUGAGGGAAUGGUUGGGCGGUGGCCUUAAAAGCCUGGGCGAGACGUUGGAAGCGGAGGAAGAGAGUGAGGCGGGAGAGAGAGAGCAAGUCGUCCGGGAGGUGUUUGUGAGUCAUUCACCAAGGCGGAACUUCACCGUCACCGCUGUGAACGACCAAGGCUGAUGCAAACCAUUACCUGCUCUCAAACAGAACGCUCUCAAGGCCUCACUUCUGCCGAGUGACCUGGUCUCCGCCGCGGACGGCGAAACGGAAGUGGCUUCGUUGGAGCAGCUCGAAGAGAGGUACGGGCGACUGUUCGGGAAGUGUGUGCUGGAACGAUGGGACCAGGGUGGCAAGGACGUGUGGAAGUCUGUGUCCGGAGGUCCAAAGGCCGAAGCGAAAGGAGAUGCGAUGGAGGAGUGA